AUGCCAAUUGCUUAUGAAAAGAUCAGCAAACGUGAACAUGUUCCUCAAGGUGAAGACGGAAUUAGCAAAAAACUAAUUACUACAGAUGACUGUGGACCAUGUGUCUUCUUUUUGGUAGACUGUGUAUUUCAAGGAAAAAAAAUCUGCUAUCUUAAACAUUAUGAUUUUAAAGAAAUUGAUGAUUCAAAUAUGUCACAAUUAGAAUGUUUCAUGGCUUUUUUAUCUAUCAUUUCUACUGAUUUAAAACAUCAUAUUGAUAUAAAAUCAAUAAGACCUCAUGAUUUAGAUGGAAAAACAGGUCAUCACGAUUGCCGAUUAACUAUUGGAGGUGGUGAUGCACACACUCAAUUUUAA